AUGGAGCUCUCCGUCGUCCCAUCCCUCUCCCUGUCCCUGCGCCGCGCCCUUCCGCCGCUCCCAGCGAGGAGGGCGGCGCGGCGGCCGGCCUUCGCCUGCCGCUGCAGCGGCUCCCCGGACGCCUCCCCGGUGGCCACCCGGCGGUGGUUCGCCUCCCUCCUCGCCGCCGCAGCAGCGGUGGGGGUUGGCGUGGCCGGAGGCGGAGGGGAAGCCGGAGCGGUGUCCACCAGCAGGAGGGCGCUCAGGGCGUCCAAGAUUCCUGAGAGCGAAUUCACCACCCUGCCCAAUGGCCUCAAGUACUAUGACAUCAAGGUAGGAAGUGGGGCUAAAGCUGUUAAAGGAUCCCGUGUUGCGGUACAUUAUGUGGCCAAGUGGAAGGGCAUCACAUUCAUGACAAGUAGGCAGGGUCUUGGUGUUGGUGGUGGCACGCCAUAUGGGUUUGACGUAGGCAAUUCUGAGAGAGGAAAUGUUUUAAAAGGAUUGGAUCUUGGGGUCGAGGGAAUGAAAGUCGGAGGCCAGAGGUUGAUAAUUGUUCCUCCUGAACUAGCGUAUGGAAAGAAGGGCGUCCAGGAAAUUCCUCCAAAUGCAACUAUUGAGCUGGAUGUUGAGCUACUGUCAAUCAAACAGAGUGCAUUCGGGGCAAAUAGGCACAGUAGUUACACAGACUCAUCUGGUAGUUCAUUCCAAUUGGAACAAUCAUUCGGUUCAAUCUGUGAAGAAGAGGAGGAAGAAAUGGAAUCAACUCGCCGCGCACAGCAGAAGUUGGCGAGAACAGAGAGUGCCUGCAGCACUGCCGGCAGACUUCUGAUCAGUGAACUUGCAAGGCAGGCUUCGAAUGCCGAAGAAGUCAUGGUGGUAGAGGCCACUGAGGAUCCAUCAGAAGCUGCAGCCAAGAACCAGAUCCAGGAUGAUCAGGGAACGGAGACAGACGAGAUGGCGAGCCUGAAGCUCAUGGUGUCAGCACUUGAAGACAGAGCGUGCAACAUCGAGGCGCAGUUCCACGAGUACUGCGACAUGAAGGAGCAGGAGUCGGCGUACCAGAAGAUGCAGAUCAUGUGCCUGGGCAUGAAGCUGGAGCUGCUGGAGUCGCAGAACCAGCAGCUCGAAGCAGCGGCAGCAGAGAUCCGCGCAGGUGCGGAAGAGUUCACGGCCAUGAGAGGCAAGCUUGAGAGGCUGCAAGGCAGGUUCAAGAAGAUGUCGAAGAGAAGCAAGCAAGAUUCGGAUGCUUUUGGUGAGAGAAUCGUGGCUCUUGAUGCGAAACAAGCCCAGAUGACGAGAAGGUGCGAGGAGUUUGAGCAGUCCAUGGAAGAGAUGAAGCAGCUGACGUUGCAGCUUCUGGAGCAGAAGGGAGCAAACAAUGAGAACGUGGAGGUGGCGGUUGAGAGAAGCUUGCGGAACCUGUCGAGCGGCAGGGACCUGGUGGACGGGCUGGAGGCGCUGCGGGACCGGUGGGCGGCCGGCAUGGAGGAGAUGAUCUACCUGGGCUGGAUCACGGCCUGGCUGCAGCACGACCUGAUGCUGAUCGACAACGACUAUGGCGGGACGGUGCUCGGUGCUGGCAGCACCUACAGCGGCGACGACGAAUACGACGAUGACCAAGACGGCGUGGUGCUGGAGGAGCAGGAGGAGGAGAGGAAGAAGAAGGGCGAAACGAUGGUGGCGUCGGUGCCGCCGAGCAACCAGGUGGAGCUGCGCAAGGCCGGGUCCGUGUCGCCGUCCGCAUCCGGGACGGCCCCGCCGCGCCGCAGCGUGGAGAUGGAGCCGUCGUGCAUGGGGUUCGCGGCGGCGGCGGCCGGCGGGCGCGGAAGGGACGGCAGCGGCGGUGGGUGGAGCAUCGGCCGGCCGAGGCUGAUCCGGAAGCUCCGCGGGUGGGCCACCGGAGGGAAGGCGGGCGGCAGCGGCAAGACCACGCGGUGCAGGAUCGUGGGCCCAUGUUGUCAGAAAUAA